CCCGGCGGGCGGCACCUCGGCGGGGGACAUGGAGCGCUACUACCGCCUGCUCCGCGCCGCCGCGCUGCUGGAGGCCGCCGCCGCCGAAACUGCAAUACCCAUCUGUGCAAAGGACAUCAGUGAUGAUCUGAUGAAGGAGUUUGCCUUUCUGUCUGGUGGAAGGGGCAAGGACAAGGCCUGGAUCAUCACCCUGCCUGACAACGCUGGCUUCAACCAGGUGCCCGAGGAGAGCGUGGCCAGAGUGCUCAGCUACCUGACCUCAGUGCCCAGUCAGCAUGAGUCUGACACCAAAUUUAUCCUAAUCCUGGACAGAAGACUGGACACAUGGACAUCAGUCAAAACGACUCUCCAGAAAAUAGCAGCAUCCUUCCCAGGGAACCUGCACCUGGUGAUGGUCCUGCGGCCCACGGGCUUCUUCCAGCGCACCUUCACCGACAUCGGCUUCCGCUUCAGCCAGGAGGAUUUCCUGCUCAAGCUACCGGUGGUGAUGCUGAGCUCGGUCAGUGACCUGCUGACGUACAUCGAGGAGCAGCAGCUGACCCCCGAGCUGGGGGGCACCCUGGAGUACUGCCACAGCGAGUGGGUCAUCUUCAGGACGGCCAUCGAGAGCUUUGCCCUGACUGUGAAGGACAUUGCCCAGAUGUUGCAGUGCUUUGGCACGGAGCUGGCCGAGGCGGAGCUGCCCGAGGACAUGUUCUGCAUCGAGCGCCUGCUGGCCCUGCGCACCGAGAGGUACCUGCAGCUCAAGGAGGAGAUCACGGCAGUCACAAAAGAGGGCAAGUUGCUUUUGAGCAGUUUUGAAGAGCCAGACUCAGGGGAAUGCAGUCAGGAGCAGCAGCAGGAGAGGCCGGGGGACUGGGAGACGGUGAAUCGGUUGCUUGGUCAGCUGCGUGAGAUGGAGACUGCUUUUGAUGGCUUCUGGGAAAAGCAUCAGUUAAAAAUGGAACAAUAUUUACAACUCUGGAAGUUUGAGCAAAGUUUUCAAGAGGUGAAGAGUGCCAUUGAAUUUUUGAUGGGGCAGCAGGCGGAGCUGCCCGACACCGGCGACAGCGUCCCCCAGGUGAAGCAGAGGCUCAAGGAGCUGGAGAGCUUGGAUGGCCUGGCUCAGGAGCUGAUAGGGAAGGCUCAGGUGGUGAUCCUGCACGGGCACCAGCUGGCUGCCAACCACCACUACGCGCUGAACCUGAUCUGCCAGCAGUGCAACGAGCUGCGGCACCACUGCGACCUGCUGGCCGAGCACGGCAAGAGGAAGCAGCUGCACCUGCAGAGGACCCUGGAGCUGCACACCCGCCUGCAGCAGGCCCUGCAGUGCUGCAAUGAGGGUGCCUACCUGCUCGCCAACCAGCAGAUGGACAAGUGCCAGUCUAAAGAAGGCGCCCAGAAAGCUCUCCAGGACAUCGAGAGAUUUCUUGAAAGCUCUUCAUCCUACUUGAACUAUGAUCCCCAAGCCCUGCAGGACGAUUUUGAGUCUGUUUUGACACCUGAGCUGAAGUGCCAGCUGCAGGCCGUGCAGGGGAAGCUGGACAGCGUGCGCAGCAUGUUUGAGAGCAGGCAGUGCUGCUUCAGGAGGCUGCUGGACAAGCACGUGAGGCCCGUGCAGCUCGUGGCUCCACGGCCAGAGACCCCGCCCCGGGCCAAGUCACCCCUGUUCUCUCCUAAGCACGGUGUAGAUUUUAAUUCCAGUUUGAAAUUUUCAUUUGAUCUUUCUCUCCCUGGGAAGAAAACUUCAAGAAAAACUCCAAGUUCUCGCAAGAUCGAGGUCAUGCACGACUACCAGGAGAAGAGGAAUUCCUUGCAGUACUUCAUUUCAGACAGUGAGGACAGCUUGGAUGUGCUGAAAGGGCAUGUGAUAAAUGAGCUUAUAGAAACAGAGAGAGUGUAUGUGGAGGAGCUGUUCACAGUUCUGACGGGAUACAGAGCAGAGAUGGACAACCCUGCCAUGCUGAUCCUGCUGCCCCCCGUGCUGAGGAACAGGAAGGAUGUGCUCUUUGGAAACAUGCCUGAGAUCUACGACUUCCACAACAAGAUUUUCCUGCACAGCCUGGAAAGCUGCCUAGGAGCCCCCGAGAGAGUGGGAUGUUGUUUCCUGGACAGGAGGGAGGAUUUCCAGAUGUAUGAGAAGUACUGCCAGAACAAGCCCCGCUCCGAGUCCCUGUGGAGGCAGUGCUCUGAGAGCUCCUUCUUCCAGGAAUGCCAAAGGAAACUGGAGCACAAGCUGGGGCUGGACUCCUACCUGCUGAAACCCGUGCAGCGCCUGACCAAGUACCAGCUCCUGCUGAAGGAGCUGCUAAAGUACAGCACGAGCUGUGAUGGGGUUCAGGAGCUUCAAGAAGCUCUGGUUGCAAUGCUGGAUUUGCUGAAGUCAGUCAAUGACUCCAUGCAUCAGAUUUCAAUCACAGGCUAUGAUGGUGACCUGAGCGAACUGGGGAAAGUAUUGAUGCAGGGAUCUUUCAGUGUUUGGGCAGGACACCGAAAAGGGCCCACAAAGAUGAAGGACCUGGCCAGGUUCAAGCCCAUGCAGAGGCACCUGUUCCUCUAUGAGAAAGCCUUGGUCUUCUGCAAGAAGAGAGAGGAGCAUGGAGAUGGAUAUGACAAAACCUCAUCUUACAGCUUUAAGCACUUUCUGAAAAUGAAUGCAGUUGGGAUAACUGAGAAUGUGAAAGGAGACCAUCGGAAAUUUGAGAUCUGGUACAGUGGGAGAGAGGAGGUGUAUGUGGUGCAGGCCCAAACAGUAGAUCUGAAGAUGGCAUGGCUGAAUGAAAUAAGAAAAAUUUUGUUCAAGCAGCAAGAGCUUAUAAAAGCAGGGGAGAAGCAGCAGCCUGGCUCGUGCUCGGAGCAGCUCCCACUCUCCUCGCAGCUGGGGGACAGGAAGCAGCAGAGAGCCUCCAUCAGCUCGGAGGAGAACGACUCGGAGCGCACCAGCCCGGUGCUGCUGUCCCCCCAGAGCAAACCCCACAGAGGCUGGCCGGGAAUGUCCCAGUCCCUGGAGAUCUGCGAGGGGCUGGAGGAGUGGGCGGGCCAGCAGGAGCUGUCCAACUGCUCAGACACCGAGGAGGAGGAGGGCACCCAGCUGUCUCCAGGAAAAUACAAAGCCCUUGCAGACUGCAAGAGGAGAGGAUCAGAGGACCUGCUGGUGAAAAACGGGGAUGAAAUUCAGCUCUUGCAUGAAGAUGGUGAGGGACAGUGGCUGGUGAAGAACCUCAACAGAAGGAAAGAAGGCUGGAUCCCUGUGCACAGUCUGCAGAUUGUGGUCGGGGACUGCAGGUUUCGGAAUGCCAAAGUUGCAGAUUUCAUUGCAAGAGCACUGGGUAGAAGACCGGGGAGAAGAGACGGAGUCUGACCAGGGAUUCCAGGACUGUUUCCCUCCUCCCUGCUGUAGCUCACACCUCCUGUGGAGCAGGAGGUACCUAAGCCAAAUCUCCUGCUGCUGCUAAAGACAUCGAGGCCUGACCCCAGCACUCUAAGGCAAUACUUCCUCCCUGCUGCCCUCACUGCUGCCUGCUGGUCAAUCCACCCUAGAGAAAGUUCAUUAUAAACAGGUUUCAGCCAAAGGCUUGGAGUUCUCAUUUUCUAGCUGUAACUAUACAUAGCAAUAGACAGGGAAGCAUAAGAGAUGACACAAGAAAAUGCCUUAAGAGCAGCCUGUUGCCCUUGCCAUGUCACUGCUCCAUGUGUUGCCUCAUCACCACACUGUCCUCAGCAAAAGGGACACCAGGGCUGGAGGUGGAACAGCUCAGGAAGCCCACACAGACUUAGUCCAUUAAAAAAAAAAAUUAAAAUUUACUAGCUAUUACUGUAUGAAGCAAAACUUGAAAGGAGAUUUCUAUUUUAAAAAUUCUUUUUGUCAGAAUCUGUUUUUUUGAUGAAGGUGAAGGAAGCCAUCUGAAAGGCUCAGAAUUCCAGUCAGCUCUUGAUGGUUUUUUGGUGUAUUUCAGUGAAAUCCUUCCUCUGCAGGAAGGUAUGUUUUAUCCCCGUUGUUGCAGGGCACACAAAUCUCAAGGUUGAAGGUUUGCUGAUUUUCUGUAAGGGGUAGUUUGCUAACCACUGUUCAGGGUUUACUGGCACCCUGCAGUUGUGGCUCUCUUGAUCUUCUCUCCAUGUGUACCUACCCCAUCUCACCAGGUCCUAUGCAGAAGGAGUUUCCACCUGAGGAUGCGUCUCAAAAAAGGUGCUGGGAAACUUUGAACCCUGGUUUGCAUUGUCAGUGGUGAUGUCCCCAAAAACCUAGAGACUGUCAGCUCUGCACUGGUUUAUAAAGUUGCUGAGUACAAAGUGAGGGGAAUUUCAUGGGGUGAAACCACAGAAAUGCCUCCUGUGAGUGCCACACCCCUGCCCAGGUACCCCAGAGCUGUGUCCCAGGCUCUGAGAGCACUGGGGCUCUGUUUUCCAUGUGGGGGUAACUGUUCUCUUUGCUGUUUCUGCUGGUGCCUGCAGUCUAGGCACGAUUCUAACCUUGCACACACCAGGAAAUGCUGGGGGAUGAUGUGGGAUGUUCUCCUGCUAUUUCCUAGAGCUGUUCCUAGAGCUUUCCAGCACUGUGUCCUUACAGCCAUAAGCAACUUGCACUCUGAAAAUUGAUUUUCAUGCAGUUCUUCUGCACUCAGCAAUUGCCUUUACCCUGGGCCGGUCCCUUCACCCUGCAGUGACUCUGGGCUGGGCCCUUUGCUGCUGCUGCUGCAGGAGAUGGAGCUCUUGCUCCAGUCAGCAGAGAUCAGGCAGCCAGGCUGGUGGAGCCGGGCAGGGCAGGAGCAGCCUCGGAUCCCUCCCUGAGCUGCCUGUGCUGAGCUGCUGCUUUGCAUGCCAGCAGUGUAAACCUGAUUAACACCGUGGGACCCCCGGGGGCUUGGGGAGUGCUGGAGUCACUUCAGGGCUAGGGGCAGAGGCACUUUGGCAUUUGUGGAGGCAGUGCCUGUGUUACUGCUCAGCUCCAGGUUCCCCUAAUUAAAACUCUGUGUCCAGUCACAGAAUUUCACAGCAGAAUUCACACAAAUCUGGGGUUUGGGAUUUUUGUCAGGGCAAAGCCUUUAGCUGAAUAGAAUAAAUGGUUCCCUUACCUUCACAUUUCCCCCUUGAUUUAUCCUGUGGCCCACCACAGGAUGGCUGAUAGCUGCGUGCCCACAGGCUGUUCCUCUCCCCUCCUGCUAAUGAUUCCAGUGUUGAGCCAAUGCAGAUCAUCAUGAAGUUCCAGGGAACUCUUUGCUGUCCAUUUUAAGUGAGCAGAGGGGUAUUUGGUCAAUGCUUCACUUCCCAGCUUUGCAAAUCCACGGUCCUCUUGUAAAUCUUGGCCUGGACAUGAGCCAUGAGUUCCCUGGGAGGAAGGUGGCUGGCUUGGAGAGCAUUUUGGAAAUGAGUUUUCCUUCUGCUGUGCCUCUAGCUGUAAGUUCUGAGAUUAGUCCUUGCUGCUUCCUUCCAGACAGAUUUAUUCUCUCUGCUCUGCAAACCCAUGGUGGAUUUUUUAAUGUGCAUGAUGAAGGAGCAGUUUUGUAUUGCAGGUGGUAACAUGCAGAGCUCUAAAUGAAGAAUAUUUGGAGAGAGCUGUGCCCAGAAGGAGCAAUACUCAGAAUGUACUGCUGCUGAGGCUCACCCAUGUGUUGGGGUUUCAGCUGCCUUGCAGGUGGUCAGGCACUGCCUGGUUAACUGGCUUGGCUUUUCCAUGAAUUAACAUGGGGAUGCAGGAUUAUCUCCUCAUGUCAGGGAAGGUUGGGGCUCCAGCAUUACAGUCCCAACUCCCUUCUGCCCUGGAGCAGGAGACCAAGCAUUUCUGCAUGUCCCUUGGUGUGCCGGGGUCACAGUGGGCAGCACUGGCAGGUCUGUGCCAGUGAGGAGGAGGAGGAAGGUCUCACCUCUCAGCUGCACUGCAGCACCAAGAACCAGGUUCCCUUUGAGCUCUCAUCCGUCCAGGGCACAGGCUCCUGUUCCAUGUGCCAGUUUAUUUAACAUCCUGCUUGCCAAAUCCUCUCCCCCAAGCCUCAGGGGGGUCCCCUGUGCCUGCUCUCCAUGCCAUAAAGCUGAGCAGAGGUUUCCCCAGCUGGCAGUGCCUGAAGGACUGAGCUUGCAAGUCCUGUGCCCCUUGGACUGGGAUUGUCCUGUGCCUCCUGGACAAUCCCUGGGGAUUCUCUGUGCCCCUGGCCACCCUGGACCUGCCUGGCCAGGCUGUUCCUGCCUGUGGCUCCAGCUUUGGCAGGCUGCUGUGCCGUGUUGGCAGGAAGGUGCCAGCUGUGCCCACGCUCUGGCUGCAGUGCCACCACAGCUGGCAGCUGCAGCACAGCUCCUUCCCUGCCCCUCACUCCCUUCAGUGACUGCAGCCACAGGCUCUUGUGUCCACACAGGGUCCCUUAGAGGCAACGCUGACUUUUUUAGCCUUUGAAGCAUAAAGCAGGUCUCUCCUGCGCCCUGCAGCUCUUUAGUAACCCAGAAACCAUCUCCAGCCUGACAACAUAAAGAGCCCAGAGAAGCUUUCAGCUGGCCUUGCUGUGAUAAUGAAGUGAUAGGUGAUGGAAAUGAGUCAAACCCUGUGGUCCUGCCUUAGUCAAGGCUCUCACUAAAGCCAGUGGGAGUUCAGCUUUUAGGGAGAAAUGCAUUUGGUUUUUUCUGUUAUACAAAUGUUACAUGAUUACAUGGAACAAUGUCUUUCUUGGAAUCAGAUGCUUUAAUAUUAACACCAUUCUCCAUUACUUUAUAGAUGCUGCCCUGUGUAACACCAGGAAGUUUAGUUCCCCUUGAACUGAGGGUGAACUAGCAGCAUCCCAUUUUCGAUGCUCUUGGGAAGCUUUCAGCUCAGUGUUACAGAGAAAUAGCUCAGUAGUUGGAGCUGUCCUGUCCUGUUCAUCACAUUCACAGACCUCCACAGCCUCAUCUGCACUGAGUGGGACCGGGGUCCUAAGCAGCUUCUCAUGCUCAUAAAGGAAGCCAUUCUCUGCUCUUUGGUUUUGUUUGCCUGUGGAAAUGAUGGUAUUUUAUUCAUUUUCCUGCUGUUUUUCCAUGACAUACAUCAUGUUUCAUCAGAGAAGUACUCUACUGUUUCCUGACACUUUGUUUAGAUGCUUGAAAUCUCCUCUGCAGGUUGAAGUAGGUUUUGCCUACAUACUAGCUGACAAGUGUUGAAGUUGCAAACAAGAGUUGAGUUUUGGUAAACCAAAAAGAAAAAAAAAACCAAACCAAGAAGCUGUAUGUCCUGCUUAAUUGAUUUUAUGGGUGGAUUUUUCUUAACUAUCUGCUUCAGCUGUGUGAAUGUAAUGUUCUGUAAGAGCAUCAUCUGGCUGACUCCACGUGAGGAAGCAAUAACACUAAAGAUCCUCUUUUUGCACUUAGGGUCUGACUCCAGCCCACUGCAGUCAGCCUCCCUGAUCUCAGUGGGGUCUGGGUCAGCUCAAACUGACACCUCAGGGUUGUCACCAAUCACUUAGGGUCCCAAAGCGUCCCAGGGCUGAAACCUGUAUCUAGCAAGUGUUGAAGUUUACAUUAAUGUAUGUACCUUUGGAACACGUGCCAUAAAUCCCAGCUAAAUGUCCAUGUUUGCACUAAGGAUGUUCUUGUGAUAAGACUUUUUCAGUAUCUUUAACAAUAAUGUAUCUACUGAAUUUUUGAGAAGGGAGAAAGAAUGUUGAAGACUGAUAAUUUAAUUUUGUGUUUUGUUGUUUAGUUUUGCUUUUGUAGAACAUAGAUAGGUACAGGUGGUUUGAACUUUUGAGCAGAUGUGUGCAAAGAGCACCUGAGCGUGUGGAGAGCAGGUUAAUGGUGUGCAUGCAGUAGUGAGUUUGCUCUGCCCCAGCCAAAGGAAAUGUUUAUUCCAUGGACUAAAGGGGGACCUUUAUGAUCUGACUUUGAUUUGUGAGCUGGUCCUUAGGCACAGGUUAAGUCAGGACGUUUGUUUUGUGCCUGUUGUUGUUGGAGCAGUUGCUGAGCUGUGGCUGGGGCUCCCCAGCCCCCAGUGGCUGCUCCUCCAGGGCUGGGUGACCCUGAGCCCCUCAGAGCCCGGCCCAGCUGGGUCUGAGCUGAGCAGCCCCAGAGCCAGCACAUCCCUGUCCUUCACUGGAGCCACAGUGCAGCCACUGCAGGCUCUGUUCCUCUGCUUCCCAAUCAGUCACAAUGCACUCAUGAGGUGGGAAAGUCUUAAUUACUGUUGGGGCUCUUUCUAGUGGUUACAAUUCUUGUGCUAACAAUACACAUUUUGAGGUACAAUGUAAAUAUUUGUCUGAAACACAGCACACAUUGCAUAUUGAAUGAUUUUAAUCUUUUUUGUCUUCCAUAGUUUUAAAUCUAAGCUUUUAUUAAUUUAUGAGGUUGAUAAGUUCAGCAAAUCUGAAUGUACAGUCUGAGGUUUUUAACAUUUGAAACUUUGCACACAUGGUAUGUUCCCCUGAGUAUGCUGUUGAACUAGGCUCUCCAUGUAUAUGUAUAAAUUACAGUAGAGAAUUUUCUCUGACUGCAAGUUUAAAUGAACUAUAUUGUAUAUGUACCUGUAAAAAUGUGUUAAAUCUAUAUUUAAAGAUUAAAACUUGUUAAAUAAAUCCAUCUGAGAAUAUGCAA